UAUGGUUAUGUUUAUUCAUUAACAAGAUAAUUAUUUUCAUGUAAUGUUAUGUUAUUUGGUUAAUCCGAUUAUCUGAUUAACCAAACCAAUUAACUUUUAUUUGGUUAAUUUGGUUUUUAUGUUAAUUUUGACAAUUUGAUUGAGAUAUUUUAUUCCAUAGUUAAUGAAAUUUAGAUUUAAUUGGUUUUGUUAUUAACGGGGUAACCAUUUGAACACUUUUACCAGCGGCUAUGCCGAGCCAGGCCUACAACCGCAGCCGUUUCGUUCCUUUCCGAGCUGUCUCGGAUUCUGUUGGUCCUUUCUUCCUCCCAUAACUGUCACCUCCUCCGGCGUGUCUUGUUUCAAUCUAUUGCCGUCGCCAUGACCGAGAUUGGCAGUUGGGAUUGGGGUCGGGAUCUGCCGCUAAGCUCACUGGGAGACGACCUCGUCGUCGAAAUUCUUAUCCGCCUCCCAAACCCUAGAUACUCGUGCCGCUGCAAAGCCGUCUGCAAGCGGUGGAGAUCCCUCAUCUCCGACCCCAGCUUCAAUCGCCGUUUUAUUUCUCAUCACCAAGGUAGGUACCGACCAGCAUCUCUGUUCCUUCCCGCACACGACCCCGAGUUCAUCCUCAGCUUUCUCCCCGUGCCGGAUGAAGCUCGGUCGAAAUUGAGAGUCUUCGAUUGCUUCAAGGACUUGCUUUUGUGCGGGUUUGUUAAAUAUAAUUGCGAAUUGCGCAGAUCCUACCUGAUCUGCAAUCCAUUUACCAAGCAAUGGAUCACCCUUCCUUUGCCGCCUGAAUUACCACCGCAUAUUGAAUCGGCAGCAGGGUUAGUUUGUCGACCCCGUUCUGGUUGGAGUAAAUAUAAUCUUGUGCAGCUGCAGGUAGGAGAUGAAUCAGAACCACCACCCUUUGUUUAUUGUGAGUAUCGUUUCCGCGUGGUGUGUCUUUUCUAGCUUCCUUUGAAUAAUCAAGUACUGCUGGUGUUUUGUUCCGAGUCUGGGAAAUGGAGGGUGAUGCAUCUUGAGCACUUCGUGAAAGUGCCAAUGGGCAAUGCACUCACGUGGGACAGGAAGUUGUUUUGGGUGCAGGAUGACCUCAAUAAUCAUUGCUCUAUGUUCGCUAUGUAUGAUCCUUUCCAUCCUUAUAAACUCCAUGGAUGGAAAAAUGCACCUAAUAGUUUGUGGAGGUAUUUGAGCAAUGGAGAUGGAUAUGGAAAUUUUUCAAUCUCACAGGGUGCUUUACACAUAAUUGUACUCGAAGUUGGCCGUCCAGAUAAAGUGUUGAGUGUUUGGAGACAAGUAGAAGAUCGUUGGACCUUACAAUAUAAAACGGUGUUGAAGAUUACAUCGCCAUCAUUUUGGGGUGACUAUAAACUCAAGCAUUGUUCUGUGAUGGAUCUGCACCCGGAGAGGCCGGAAGUUGUCUUCUUUCAAUACCGGGAGUAUCCUGAAUGUAUCUUAUUCUGCAAUUUGAAGACGGGGAUGGGAGAGCCGGAGUUCUUUUCUGCAACAAAAUUUUAUCUGAAUGAUCCAUGUUGGAGGGUGCUGCGGGCUAGAGUCACUUGCUGGCCUACUCCAAUUCCGAGGUACGAGCAGUUGCGAGGUAUGUACGAUGGAAGCUACGAUUGUUGGGUUCAGAACACCAGUACGACAACACUUCCAUCUACAAUUGAAGAAUGCCAACCUUUGGUUGAGCAAUCUGGUCAUAGGAGGAAGGGCAAGAGAUCAGCAGCAGCAGCAGCAGCUGCAGUACAGUCCGGUCAAAGAAAGUCGAAGGUGGUGAAAGGCGUGCAGUAAAAGAAAAUUAUCUUCUGUGAUCGAUUGAAGGGAAAAGAGAAGCAAUGGCAAGGCCAAUUGGUAGGUGUUGUACUGAUGAUCGUAAGAGAUGGACAGCAGCAGGAGUAUGAACUAUCAAGUAUUAGCAUGCGUUGGAUGUUAUUUAGAAUGUCGAAGCAGUAGUGGCUGCGUUGGAUAUAUGUGCAUAUGCUAAGGAAGAGAAACUCGUUCGAAAGGACAUCUUCUGUGUGUAUUGUGUAUUUAUCUAUUUAAGAUGGCAGGCACUGUUAAGGACAGUUCCAUUCCACUGAUAAUUAUUCUCUUUCAGAUGCUUUUCCAGUUGAUUAUAAUGUGCGGUAGUCGUCGUAUUCCUAGCUAUCAUGUUUAUGAAACACUGGUUCCUCGAUCUGGAUUCAUACCAGUUUUGAUUGAACUAGCAGCAUAUGUGCUUGAGAGAACAGUAUAGAAGCCUGAACCUGAAGCAUGUAAGAUGGCAGCAAUCUCAUAACAAGAAUGUGUCGUUAGAAAGAUGUUACCCACUAACCACUGCAGGUUCGGGCAAUGUUCGAAUCUUGUCGUGCAUAUUCGUGCUCGUGUCAUGCUCGUAUUCCUGUGUAAUGAAAAGGACGAAAACAAAAGAGAGAAUGAAAAAGAAAGUGAAAAUUGGACGGGAGAAGAUAGUAUUAACCGAUAAUGUUUGAGAAAAGUAACAAAUAAGGGGGAAAUGAAAAUUGGAAGUAUAGUAAGUGUGAUUUGGCUUUGUUUAAUUCUUUGUCCAUUUUUACUUAUGUUAGUAAUUACGUAUAUAUCUUUAUGACACUUCUAACAACAACAAAUAAUUAUUUUUCUACUUGUAUUUUGUAAUAUUUGAAACUAUAAUUCUUUUUAUAUUUAUUUUCUAUCAAGUAAAUAUUAUUUUCGUGUCAUGUCCGUUCUUAUACUCAAUAAAGUCUCGAAAAUAUUAGGUUCGACAUGGCUCACUUAUAUACCGUGUUGUGUCCGUGCUCGUGUCUGUGCCAUGAAGUUUAGGCCCGGCACGGCCCAUAAAUUAUUCGUGCUCGUGCCGGAUUGGCCCAUUUAUUCCGUGCCCGUGCUCGUGUCGUGCUCUAACCGUACAGUGUCGUGCCGUGCUAGCCCGUGGGCGGCACGACCCGGUGCCCACGUACAGUUGUGAAGGGGUGCAACUUGCAAGUGCAAUGUAGUUGGAAGCUGUAACAAUUGUAGCUACGGUCAAAAAAAAAAAUACAAGUCUUGUCCAGCAUUGGAUUCUUUACUUGUCCAUUUAUCACGUCCGCUACAUAACAAAAUCAGGGUGUUGACUAGAGAAAGGGACACUUGCCGUUUGUAAUGUACGCGUUGAUGCUGUAUUUUGUGUGUAUUAGGUCUCGGUUCAAGCUAUAAAUUGUUUUUUCUGUAAAAAAAAGCUAUAAAUUGUUUAAUUAUAGAGAGUCUUUAUCUUUCAAUUGUAUUAAGUCCUUUUCUUGUCAAAAUGUAACAAGAAGAUAAUUCAAGGGGGGGAAAAUGUAACAAGAAGACACCAAGUAGAAACAAAUCAACCCCCUAUUACAAGACAGUUAACGAAAUUGAGACACACCAACUUUAAAUUAGACAGAGCGUUAGAGGUUUUACGCAUCACUCUAUGUAUAUCAUUUAAAUAUUUAUUACAAAAUUCAAAAGAGUUGAACGGAAAGUUUUAAAUGAAUAAUGACUUAUAAU